CCCUACCUAUAAUAAAAGCUGCAUAUAUAGCAUACGCUCCAUAUACUGUUAUCAUUAGAAACCGAAUGCAUUAAACAUACCAAGCAAUCCCUUCAGAUUUUCAAACAGCCGCUGGUUAGCUCCGGCCUGGUUGUUCUCCCAAGCUCCAAACUCCAAACUCCAAACUCCGUCCGGCGAGUAGAUAUUGAAACUAAGAAAUCAGGAUGCAGUCGCACGUGCAGAGCGGUAAAAAGAGGUCGUGGACGGACGAGAAGCACGUGCAGUUCUUGAACAGCAUGGAGGCAUCGUUUGUGCGCGCCAUGUUUGAGAAGAAGGAUCAUCGCCUUCUUCGUCUCGACCGUUACUUGCCUGACACCUCAGACUCAACCCUAGAUCUCAAAACCCUCAACAAAACCAAAAAACAAGGCGGCAGAAUGGACGGCGGAGCAGACAAAAGAUUAAGGAGGUUUUCAUCUCAACCGUUCAAUGCAUCACAAGAUCAGGUGGUCCCACAGUUUGAGAUGAGAGCGGUUGGUGAUAAAGACGAGAGAGACCACCUACAUGUACCUGAUCAGCUAUGACCCAUUGAUAUGAUCCAUUGACAUGAUCCAAUUCUUGUGUAAUGUUAAUUGCAGGGUUUUUCGUUCAUAAUUUAUUUCAGUCGUUGUAGUAAAUGCAGCAGUUGUGACUUUGCCGAAAAUGAUUGUGAUGGUGUAAUUGAUUUUUAGGAGGCAAGAUUGGCAUUGAUUUGUUGCCUAAGAUCGAUCCAUGAUCAAAUCACCAAAGUGACCCUGUGAUGGGUUGGGUUGGGUUGGGUUGAGUUGGGUACCUUCAAGGAAGAAAGUAGAAAAAAGACAAUAAGAAAUCGAUCAAUAAAUAGUACUCAAUCUUGAUCCUUCCGGCAGCAAUCUUAUCUUUUUGGAUAGGAUAGACUUUGUGGCUUAGUUGGGGGUGAAUUUGACUUGGGAGAGAGUUUUAUCAUAGAUGUUCUUCUAGGUUGAUGAACACAAGGAGGAGCAUUGCGUGAUUCAAUCCUUUGUGUAUUUAUUGGAAUUAAUCUGUUCAUGAAUAUUUAGUUCUCAAGUUUUGUAUUUCCUUUUGUUCCAUAUAACAAUGAAUAAAAUCUCGUAACUCGUGGGGUAAUUUUAUU